AUGGAGGAGGAGGGCGGCUGCAGCAGCCAGAAGCGGCGGCCCUAUGAUCCAUCCAUCACGGCCCAAUGGGCGUCGCUUCAGCCGGACCUUGUCCAGCACAUCGCCGACUGCAUCCUCACCACCAGCGGCGUCGACGAGUACAUGGCCAUGAGGGCCGUCUGCCCCACCUGGCGCUCUGCCGUCGCCAAGCCAUCUCCGCACGCCGCGGUCGCCGACCUCCGUUUCCGCCCACGGCAGUGGGUCUUGCUCAACGAGGCAGACGACGACCAAGGCCGGCCCCUCUUCCUCAACGUCACCACGGGGCGCUUCCGCCGCCUGCGCCGCCCGGUGCUCCGUGACUACAUCCUCGUCGGUGCGUCUGACGGUCUCCUCGUGCUGGGGGACACGGACCCCCCGCAUGCCGCUCGUCUCCUCAACCCAUUGACUGGUGACAUGCUUCCGUUUGCGGCGCCGAUACCUCGGGAACCUUGGGCGCCGAUACCUUCGGAACCUUGGGUGGAUACGGCAGUCACUAGCUCUGAGCCAACGAUCAUCUUCUCUUCCCAACAUGGAUCCAAAUAUCUUCAGUCUGGUAUCGCGCUUUACUCUGCUGAUCCCACGGGCCAGCUCCGUGUGGUGAAGCUUCAUGAUGCUGCUUUGAAGAAGGCAGGCCUGUUCUACCUGCAGAGCAUGGUCACAUAUGCAGGCAAUGUUUAUGUUCUCAGUUCCGGAGGAACCUUAUGCAAGAUCGUUUGGACUGGUGAGCACUGGUAUGCCGAGCGAAUAUUGGACAUUGACAUGAAAUACAUUGUUGCUCUUGUUGAGGCAACCAGUAAGCUGCUGCUUGUUAAAGAGCAACUUGAAACCAUUGAAGUUUUCAGCAUCGAUGUCGAGAGGAAGCUACUUGAACCAAUUAAAAGUCUCGGCAGCAGUGCGCUCUUCCUAAGUCAUGGCAACUGCAUGGUAGUCGAUGCAGAUAAGCUUCCUUCCAUCAAGCGCAACUGCAUCUACAGCACUUUUUGUACUGUAUUCAGUAUUGAUAGGAUAUAUGCCUGGUGUGACCUUGGCAAUGGCGAGAAAAAAUUCCUCACUGUCUCCCAUGUGCCUGUAUAUUGCCCUGGAACUGAAAGUGGUAUCAUUCAUGAAGGACCUUUGAGUCUUGCUGAGGUUCUCCUCAAUCCCUACCCAAAAGUUAAAGAUCAACUAGAUCAUUUCCGCGAAACCUAA